GUGCAAAGCCAUGUCCACAUGGCAUUGGGAUCCCUGGCGAUCCUUCUCAUUGCGAUGGCGUGGCAGCAGUGGGCUGGAAUGGGCCCAGGCCGCCAAGCCAAGGCUUCCUUCACCAGGUCGCUGUCAAUGAUACAGCUGAAGCCGGAGCUCAACAAGCAGGAGGCGGAGAUGGAGCAGACACCUUACAACCCCGUGGCCAUCCAGAAGAGGAUGCCCGGAGCAGGUGCCAGCACAACCACCGCACGGACCGCAUGCCCACACGAGGAGCCUGGGCUGCUUCCAUUCAGCGAUUUCUUGGCCUCCCGAGACGCCUCCGGAGAUCUCACCCUCUCAGGCGGCAGUUACAUUCUCAGCGAGAAUUGCUCGCUGGGUUCCUUGACGAUUGCUCCCGGCGCUGAGCUCGUAGUCUCAGAUAUCGCAGGCCUUUCGCUCGAGACGCGGGCGAUCUACGUCCAAGGAACUCUUCGCAUGGGUUCCGCCAGCUGCCCACUGAUUGCCGGUGGCAUCACAGUGACCUUUACCGGCUCCGGCGAUCGGGGCUCGAGGUGCGUUGUUGGAAGCCUUCUUGCUUUCGUCAAGCACCCGUCUGGUGACCUCAGAAACCCUCCGUCUUCCGGCGUUGUUCGAGACUUGUUGUCGGGCAAUGCCCACGAUCUCGCGCAUCUCAGCUUCCAGCAUGGCGAUCGCAUGGAUCGCUUGCACCUGGUAACCUUGCUGCACCGCUGUGGCGCCUUACGGCUGCCCCGACCAAGCGACGAGGUGCAGCCCUGGAUCAAAACUGCUCUUCGAAGGUUGUCAGCACCCCCGUCGUCGGCCAGAGAGGCAGCGAGUGUACUUUGGGCACUGGCAAGGUCGCAGCUACCGGCCAGGGUUUCGAGUGCAUCCCGACUGCUGACCCGCACCCGCGAAGCCUUGCCACAACUGCUCGUCCACGGAAAUGCUCAGGAGCUGUCAAACGUGGCUUGGGCUCUUGCGACCCUGACGUGUCCAGAGCCCAAUGAGGCCCCUCUGCCGCCCAAGGCUGCGUCGCUCUGGGCUCAGCUGGGCGACUGCUGUGCAGCGCGGGUGGAGGAGAUGACGAGUCAGCAUUUGGCCAACGUGUCCUGGGCCCACGGAUCCCUGCGCCUCGCCAAUCCGGUCUGGUUUGCUGCCGUCUCGCAGUGCAUCCAUUCAGGAGCUUCGAUACAGCAUUGGGAGCCACGCCACAUCGCCAACGUGCUUUGGGGCUUCGCACGAGUGGGUCUAAAGUCCGAUAUAUUGCUGGACAAAUUAGAAGAUGAGCUUUGCCAUAAAGAAGGAGCUCUGCUCGCCACUUUCUCUGGCCGCGAUGUGGCGGCUGUGCUUUGGGCCUACGCUUCUCUUGAGGCGCCCAGGCCCCGUCUGGUCGCCGCGGCCUGCGCCGAGGCAGGGAAGCCUGGCCGUUUGCGAGGCUUCUCCGAACAGGAUCUGCAGAAUCUGGCCUGGGCUUUGGCCAUCUUCCGGCGUUGCACCGGCUUGGACAGGCUUUCUCUGCCGAAGAUGCAACUUCAAACGGCACCCAACUUCGCGGUGCAGCCGGCCAAAGGAGAUCAGCUCGAGGCCGAGCUCACCACCACGCCGGAAAAGCGUCGUCUGCACUUGGCUGCGGCUGCCGCAGAGUUUCGCGCCCUGGAGCAGUGCGAAGAAGCCCCGAGCUCUUUGCAAGUGGUCUCCAACGACGCCUUAGCCCAGCUGCUGCAGUAUGCGGAGCUGGUGGAGCCAGCAGAGCUGUCUUCGAACCCACUGAACACCAAGGGCCUCGUCGUCGGCGACGGGGGGCUGCUGGAGGUCUACGGCCUGCGCUACUGGCCAACCUGGACGCGGCUAGCGAACACUGCGAUGCCUGGCGCCACGGAGCUGUCCCUCCAGGACCAGGUAGAUUGGAAGGUGGGUCAAGAGGUGGCGGUCAUCACCACGGCCUGGACGGACGAACCGGACAACCACCAGAACGAAGUACGAGAGAUCGCCAGCGUCAGCGGCGCGCAGAUCACGCUGACUGAGGGCCUGGAGUUCGGCCACUACGGUGGACCAGAGUAUUCUGCAGAGGUAGCACUGCUCUCCAGGACCAUCACCUUCCAAGGUGAUGAAGCCAGUGAGUCCACGAGAUAUGGCGGCCACGUGAUGUGUCUCCCUGGAUCUCAUUGUCACUUGGCUGGUGCUGCGGCCAUCCGCAUGGGCCAGGAGAACGUUAUGGGCAGGUAUCCAUUCCACUUGCACAUGAUGGGUCAAGUGAAUGGCGACUCCUUCUUUGAAGACUGUCUGGUUCGCCGCAGCUACUUCCGUGCCUACACGGUCCAUGGCACAUCGAACUCUCGGGUUUCUCGCAACGUUGCCUACGAUGUGUCCGGCAGCGCGUACUACCUGGAAGACGGUGUCGAAGAGGAUAACUUAUUUGACUACAACCUGGCAGCUUUCGUUCACAUCAUCGACCGCCUCAACGAUUACGAGGCUGGUGGCGGCCAGGAAGGCGUCCGAGUGGAGACACAGGCAAGCCGCAUCGUACCCACUGAUGCCACUGCAGUGGGGUUCUACUGCACGAAUGCGAAAAAUCGAUGGAUUGGCAACUCUGCAAGUGGCGGCUUCUCCGGGUUUCAUUUCCCUCGCGUGGAGUACGCCCUCGGCGACAGCUAUGCCAAGAACCAGGCCUACCGCCCCGAUGAGAUGGAACUCCUGGAGUUUGACUCGAACACGGCUCACUCCUCAGGACGAAUCUGGAGCCGAGGGGCCUGCAUGUACGUCGGGGGCGAGCUCUGGGAAGACCAGAAGGGCUCCCAAGUGUACCGCUACAUCACGGGCCGGGCGACUGCCCGAAAGUCGGGACGCUUCUUCAUGACCAACACCAAGGUAUUCGCCUGCAAGAAGGGCUUCCUCUUCUGGGGCACCCACUGGUCCGCGCGUAAGCCCGACCUAGCCCUCGAAGGCUUCGAAGCUCAUGACAUCUCGCGCAGCUCCUCGCAGCUGGGGGACACCUAUAUGUACAAGGCCGUAAUUAGCGCGCACACUGGCAACACCUUCGCCGGGGACCUCCCACGCGUUGCAGAUGGCUUCGAGCUGUAUGACACGGAUAUGCAGACCAUUCUCGCCGACGUCGUCUUCCGAAACUUCGAUCGCAACGGCGACGUGGCAAUUAUGGACAUGACGCACAGCAACAUCUUCAAGCCGCAAGGCAUGUUCCACGCGAAAGCCAUCGGCUUCGAAGGGACGCCCAUGGCUCAGCGCUUGCGGCACGUCCACCGCCUUGCAUGCCAGUCGUACCAUUCCGACACCUGCACGCGGCAGUGCAACUUCUGCCCGGGGACCGCAGGCUCCUCGCAGACGGCGAACAUGAUCGACGCCGAUGGAAGCUUAGUUGGCUGGACCGAGGCUGCGAUCAUCGGGGCAGACGACGAGGAUUCCGAGACGGACUAUCGAACCAACGAGUGGUGGCGCAUCGACGACAGUUGCCAGAGGAAUCUUGACUGGGGCUUCUGGCUCUGUCCGACGAUGGGUCACCGGACGGUGGUGAGCCUCUUCAUCAUGCAGGGCCUGCUCUCGUCGCCCCCGCAGCGCACGCACCCCAACACUGCCGUGGGCAUGCUGUACCAUUUCGGUCGACCAGAGCGACAUCUUGACGUGGGCCUUGCAGAGAGCCCCAUGGUGACUGGCCCUUGCUGCGAUAUUGGAUGGUUUUUGGCCCUGGACGGAGGCGCCGUGCCGGAACUGACGAUCUUUUUGGACCAGAUGGUGGAGUCGGGAGGCCUUGUCUUCGCCACGGCCUACCCUCAAGGUGCGAGCUUCACGAUCAACCGGUGCCUCACGAACUGCGUCGCUGUGAGCCAAGGCUCCUCACUGCAGGAUGUCCUCGAUGCGCCACUAGGAGACGUCUACUUCGUCGAUGGCCUCGGCAGACUCUUCCUGAAGUUCGUCGCAGGCAACAACGGCUACUUCGAGGCAGCCGGAGUCUCGCAACUCGUAAAUGGCCACCGAUACGAUGCGGGGAAGGCAGGCACACAAGAUGCGUGCGACACUCCGAGUUGCCAGAAAUAUCGUGGCCAGAUCUACUUGUGCAGCAGUUGCGGGGUAUUCUGUCCCUUUUGCAGCAUCCGAUUGCACUCCAACAACCUCGCCACUGCCAGUGGUCCCCCGACCUUGCAGACUUGGAGCUCUUUGCAAAGCAAAGGGAAGGAGAAGGGCGCGAAAGGCUAUGCCAAGGGGCCUGAAAGCCAUGAGCCUCAGAGUGGGAAGGGGCAGAAGGGUGCGGAAAAUUUUGGUGACAAGGGCGGCGGCAAGACUUCUGCGAGCAAGGGCAAGCAAUGGCGCCCCGUCGGGAGCCAAAUUAUUGAACGGAAGGUUUCUGUGUCCGGCUAUGCUAUAGGCGCUGUCCUUGGUCAGAAUAAUGCUCAGCUGAAAUCGGUGCGGUCGUCCUAUCCAGGCCUUCACAUCCUCGUGAUGAAGAAAGACAAAGAAGAAACCUUCGUUGGCCCACGCGCUCAUGAAAUGCAGCUCGUCAUACGUGGGCGCGUGGAUAUGGUUGAUGAAGCAGUCCGCAGCUUCCAGAUGCUCAUUGAUAGGGCUGGGGCAUCUCACAAGCCUCCUCACUCGAAGGGCACAUUGAUCGAUGUCUCCAGUGCUUCGUGCGCGAAGUUGGUGCCGGCGGAUAUUGAGAAGUUCCAUGUUUGCCCCAUGCAGCUCCAGCAAACAGCUGUCGGCGGCAGCGGCAGACGGUUCUAUGUGCUCGAGAAAGUGCGUUUUGACUCCAAUUCAGCAGGUGAGAGUGUCAGCACAUACAGUUAUUGCCCGGACCAUUUUGACUGGAGUGCUUUACACCUGGAUUUCCAGCGGUGCCUUGAUACGGUUGCAUCCGAGAAGCUCUCUGAAGCUCGUGUUUCAGUUCGUUUUGGAAAGUUGUUCUUCUGGGGCCCGAAACUGUCCCAGGAAGCUGCGCGAAGGCCCGGUGCGAUAGACCAACUCAGCUACAAGGACUGCCGACCGCAGUGGGCGGCGCGCUUGAAGCGUCCCGUUGCGGAGGAACUUUCCAAGGUGCUCAAGAAGAGUGAUUUCGUGCUUUCGCAGCAGCUUACCAACACAACUCAUUACAUCAAGACAGAAGAAGAUGGUGCCAAGAUGGAGGUUACUUUCUUCGACCCUGAAGGUUCGCUUGCACGAGCAACUGAGAUGAGCCGACUUUGGUCUUGCAGCUCACACCUCGAGGUAUUGAAAAUUGAAAGGCAAGAGCAGGCCUCCAGUGGGCGGGUCGCAUUGGCAAGGCGGAUGUUGGAGCUUUUGCUGCAUCCCUCCCAUAGCGAGUUUGAGGGAUGUUGGUGUGCCAUGGACAUCAUCAAGCGCGCCGCAGACGGUCUUUUGGCACAGAUCGAGUUUCGCCCUCCUGACAUGCCGCUGGACCAAGCUCUGCGCAUCAGAGCGCCAUACCGCGAGGUUCCGGCCACAUUUUUCGGUCUGGCUGGCGAGAGCGAGCCCAAACCCAGAGGCGUGCAGACCUUCGUCGCGAAGAAAGAGAGCGAGCGACUCUUUAGAGGUGAUGUGUGUCGCCUUGGACACUCUCCAGAUUUUCGCUUGACGGUAAAUGCGAGUGCAGAGGUGAAUAUCGCACAGGGCUUAGCUGAUGCACUGCAACGUUUCGAUGUCGAGUGCAGAGGGCGACUGCAAGAUCCGGACAAGUUGGUUGAAUCGUUUCAGAAGUGCUCCUUACCAUUCGGCUGGAAGCUUCAAUGUGUGGCAUGCAGGGAAGAGUGUGUCUGGAUGGACCAUGAGCAGGCCGUCGAAGUGGAUGUCUCCAAAAUUCGUGAAGUCACCCGCUUGAGCAAGACGGGAGGGCACUCGGGCGAAAGCAACUACGAGAUUCGCUUCUCCUCAGAACAAGCCAGCAAGGCGGUUCGAGGAAGGCACGAAGAUGCUUGGGAACACGCCACCCAACUUCUCUCGACCGUGCAGAUGCUCCAUGAAUCCUUGAAACUGAGCUAG